AUGAGCUCUGGAUCAAGUGAUGCAGAGAAAAAUGUAGAGUUAUGGAAGGUCAGAAAACUUAUUAAAAGCUUGGAAUCAGCAAGAGGUAACGGGACUUCUAUGAUUUCUUUAAUUAUCCGUAAGUUUUUUAUCUUUUUUUUUUUUCCAGUCAGUCAGAGACUUAUUGCUACAAAAAGCACCCAAGGAUCAAAAAAAAAUGCCAAAAAUCACUUAUUAAUAUCAGAUGAAUAUGGUACAGCAUCAAAUAUCAAAUCACGCGUUAACCGGUUAUCUGUACUUGGUGCAAUCACUUCUACCCGUGAAAAGCUUAAACUGUACAAUAAAGUUCCACCUAAUGGUCUUGUCAUAUAUUGUGGUGAAAUUAUUACAGAUGAUGGAAAAGAAAAAAAAUUAAGUAUUGAUUUUGAACCGUUUAAACCUAUUAAUACAUCGUUGUAUCUCUGUGAUAAUAAAUUUCAUACAGAAGCGCUUUCAGAGCUGCUUGAAAGUGAUCAAAAAUUUGGAUUUAUUGUUAUGGAUGGCAAUGGAUCACUUUUUGGAACUCUUAGUGGAAAUACACGUGAAGUUUUGUAUAAAUUUACAGUAGAUCUUCCAAAAAAACAUGGUCGGGGAGGACAGUCUGCUUUGCGUUUUGCUCGUUUACGUGAAGAAAAACGUCAUAAUUAUGUAAGGAAAGUAGCAGAAAUGGCAGUACAGCUUUUUAUUACAAAUGAUAAAGUUAAUGUAGCAGGAUUAAUAUUAGCAGGGUCUGCAGAUUUUAAAACUGAAUUAAGCAUGUCUGAAGAUAUGCUUGAUGCACGAUUAACUUCAAAAAUUGUUAAAAUUGUUGAUAUUUCAUACGGGGGAGAAAAUGGAUUUAAUCAAGCGAUUGAACUUGUUUCUGAUAUUCUUUCUAAUGUUAAAUUUAUUCAAGAGAAAAGACUUAUUCAAAAAUAUUUCGAUGAAGUAUCACAAGAUACUGGAAAAUAUUGUUAUGGCGUAGAAGAUACAUUGAAAAGCCUCGAAUUGGGUGCAGUGGAAACAAUUAUUGUCUGGGAAAACCUUGAUGUUAUUCGUUGGUCCCUUUACGACUCUCGAGGAGAUACUGUCAUCGUACAUCUUACAAAAGAACAAAGUGAAAAAAAUAGAGAACUUUUUAUUGAUAAAGAAACUAAAAACGAAAUGGAAAUAGCAUCAUCUAUCUCUCUUUUAGAAUGGUUGACUGAAAAAUAUAAAGAGUUUGGCGCAAACUUGGAAUUCGUGACCGAUAAAUCACAAGAGGGAAACCAGUUCUGCAAAGGAUUUUCAGGCAUAGGUGGACUUUUGCGAUACAAAGUAUUCCUUCUCCUUUCUUUACAUUAUUUUAACACUGCUAAGCUUGACUUUUGCAUCACAAUAAUUGAUUCUGAUGAAUAUUACUCCGAUUGA